UAGCGUGGCGAGGGCGGGCCGUGUGACGUAGAAGUGAAUCUCUAGCUGUUUAUUGUUCCUUCUUCAGCACCGACAGAGAAAAGCAGGCUUUCAAGCUGUCAGCUACCAUUUUCACACGGUUCACAGUUGGUUUAACGAAAGUGUAACGGUCGAGACAGCUGACUGCACAAACCAGGGGCCAUGGCGUACGCGUACCUCUUCAAAUAUAUCAUCAUCGGAGACACGGGUGUGGGGAAGUCAUGUCUAUUACUUCAGUUCACAGACAAGAGGUUUCAGCCUGUUCACGACCUCACUAUUGGUGUGGAGUUUGGAGCAAGGAUGAUCACUAUAGAUGGCAAACAGAUCAAACUGCAGAUCUGGGAUACGGCUGGUCAGGAAUCAUUCCGAUCCAUCACCAGAUCUUACUACAGAGGAGCAGCAGGAGCACUGCUAGUCUAUGACAUCACAAGAAGGGACACCUUCAACCACUUGACAACCUGGUUAGAGGAUGCUCGCCAACAUUCCAACUCCAAUAUGGUCAUCAUGCUUAUUGGCAACAAGAGUGACCUGGAGUCGAGGAGAGAGGUGAAGAAAGAGGAAGGUGAAGCGUUUGCCAGAGAACACGGCCUCAUAUUCAUGGAGACCUCAGCCAAGACUGCUUCUAAUGUAGAGGAGGCUUUCAUCAACACAGCCAAGGAGAUCUAUGAGAAGAUCCAAGAGGGAGUGUUUGAUAUCAACAAUGAGGCUAAUGGAAUUAAAAUUGGACCCCAGCAUCCUACCACCAACUCCACACUGUCCGGCAGCCAGGGAGGCCAACAGGCUGGAGGAGGCUGCUGCUGAGGCCUCAAAGCACACCUCCCCCUCCUUCAACCCCACCCUCCUCCUCCUCCUUCUCCUUACCCUCUCUGACUCUCCCUUGCGUUUCUACAAAACUGUCCAGGCUCACAAACAGUUUGUUAAUCCCUCUCUCUCGCUCUCUCUCUCUACAGCUCCAUUCUUUCAUCCAUCCAUCCCUCCCUCUCUGUGUCUUACAGCCAUGUCUUUUCUAAGUCUCUUUACCAUACAUGAAGUUCUUGGGGACAUGUUCCCAUAAAUCAACCUGACUUCCCUGACUUAUGAGGACAGAGUCAGCUUCACUCCUAGAUUUAGCCACCAUAUUCUCAAGUUUUGCACCAUUUCUUUUUUGUUAGAUAACUGAUCUUAAUCUUUUUAUUUAAGAAAACCACUUACGCUGGAAUAUGACAAACCCUAUUGCAGCAGUUAAAUUUACACAUUCCUCUCAAUUCAUGAGGAUGUUGUUGAAUCAUGAAACAAAUAUAUCAGUGGUAACAGUGAGUUGACUGUGUUCAGACAGAGGCAGGGUUGUGGGUAGAAAUUUAACACACUCUUAACAAUUGACUAUAUGGAAUAUACCAUGGGCUGUGUUGUGCCUAUACACACAUCUGUACAUGUUUUUAAAGGAAAUGACGUGGCGCAUUGAUGGCAGGACAUGUUUCUACAUUUUGAGUCAGUUUUCAUCCUGUGCCUGUCUGUUAAGGGAUGGUAUGGGUAUUCCAGUAUGUCACUUUGUGAGGUGCACGAGGCACCAAGUCAGCCUGUAUGUUCUGUCCAUAAAAAGUGCAAAUUGUUAGUUUGUGCUUCCUUUCCCUAUUUUCCGUCAUGCUGUUUAGCUUUGUCUUUGUGUCCUUUUUGGUGACUUGCAGAUGAUUUGUAUUUAAUGAACACUACAAACUGGUUGUGGCUUAAAAAAGUGUUUUAAAAUUGUCUGGGGAGAGAAUAAAAGACCAAACUGUUGAGUGUGAAAA